AUGUCAACCUGGAACCCAUAUGCCCGGCCGCUGGAGCACCCUCUCAAAAGCCUGGCUCUUCUAUUUCUGCUGUGGAAAGCGCUGCUGCUGGUUGUAGCGGUAGCUAGUCCUGGCCCCGGCUAUGACACUUCUACCGUCAUCUUGCAAAGGGCUGGCGCUGUAGGUGCUGGCGAAAAACACGCGUCCUCCAUUUUCCACGUGCUGGGUGAACGGCUAGCACUGAAGCUUACGAGGUGGGAUGCAAUCUACUUUGUAAAGUCUGCUGAAAGGGGUUACUUGAACGAGCAAGACUGGGCUUUCAGCUGGGCGUUUUCCCGUCUCAUACGUUAUCUGGCUAAGAUCGUGUCCCCACAAGCCGACAAUGCGCCUUUCAACACCUAUGUCUGGGCAGGCAUUGCUAUCUCCCAUGUGUCGCAUCUCUUAUCUGUUCUAGUCUUAUAUCGUCUCUUCAUCCGAGUGCAGAGUGAUGCGAACGAACACAGAAGCGCUUUCUUGGCAGCGUCUCUACAUAUCGUAACGCCUGCUGGUCUGUUCUUGUCUGCCCCCUACGGAGAGGCUCUAUUCUCCUUUCUCAACUUUUCCGGAAUGCUACUCUAUAUCGAAUCUCAACGCGACCAAUCUCAAAACUCGUGGGGUGCUCUUAGAGGAUGCCACAUCAUCGCAUCAGGAGCAUUGUUUUCAAUGGCUGCUUCAAUUCGCGGCAAUGGACUACUAAGCGGUUUGAUUUUCGUUUACGACGUCGUCACCCAUCUACCGAGACUACUGAGCUAUAGCCUGAGUUUGAAUGACUUUCGAAAACUUCUUUCCACCACCGUCGCUGGGUCCCUGAUUAUCGUCGGAUUCUUCGGACCGCAAUGGCUAGCUUACGAUGAGUACUGCGGCCAAACGUAUAUGUCCUCAAAGUAUGGGAGAUCCUGGUGCUUGAGGUAUGUUCCGAGCAUAUACUCCUGGGUUCAAAGUCACUACUGGAAUGUGGGAUUUCUACGUUACUGGACCAUCUCGAACGUACCCCUUUUCCUCAUUGCAACGCCUCUAUUGUGGGUCAUGGUCCAAUCCGCUAUUUUAAGCCUCGAAAACAAGCCAAAGUCACUAGUGAUUGACCCUCAGUCACGUUCCAGCGUUGGAUCCGUGGAACGAAUAAUCCCAAAGCCUAGCGAAGACCAACAUCCCACCGAGGUCGAGCGUGGCUAUCUCCGUCGUCUAGCGUUGCCCCAGCUAGUACUCGCUCUGAUGGCUCUUACGAAUUUCCACGUCCAGAUCAUAAACCGUAUAGCCUCAGGAUAUCCUAUAUGGUAUCUUUUCAUCGCGAGAGUGCUCUUUCAUAGUUCAACAUCUGAAGCAUCAAAGCAGCAGCCAGCAAAGAUCACGCGUGUAUUUAUCCGCUGGAUGAUAAUGUACGCUAUUGUGCAAGGCAGUUUGUUUGCGAACUUUCUGCCUCCCGCGUAG